AUGACUCAGUUUAGUUCGAGUCACCAAUCAGCUUAUAGUGUACCUCACAUCGGGAUUGCUGCGAUCAAACAUAUCCUCGUAUUAUUCACCUUUGUACUAUUCUAUAUGCAGCCUCUUAGGUUUAUGUUCCUUAUCUGGAUUGCUAGUAGAAAAUUUAUCAAGAAGAACUACGUUGGUAGUCCAAAGACGUUGAUUAACUUGACUUUCAAUCCAAUUUUUAUUGUAGCUCUGUUUCGCUUCGUUUUCUAUUACCUUGUAGUAUUAAAAGAACAAAUCUAUAAAGGAGGGCCAAUAGGAUAUUUAAAUAAACACCGUUGA